CACGGGAAAUGCACGCCAUCCUCGCCCGGGAUCCCGCAGUCGCUGCGCCCCGCGGUGCUGAUCGCCUCGACGUGCGCGCUGCUGCUCCUCGCCACCGCGCUGCUCCUCCCCCCUCGCCCCUCCCCACCCCGCCCGCUGACCACCGCCCCCGCGGACGCCGCCGCAGUCCGCCUCGACGCGCGCGUCACUCGGCGGAGCGGCAACGAGGUGCUGUGGCAGCUGCCGCCGCCGUCGACCCCGCUGCGGGCCGCGCUGUUCGCGGCGCCAGGGUGCACCAUCCGCGCCACCGACUUCUUCGACGCCUCCCCGGGCUGCCCGCGCUGCGCGGGGCUCCCCGAGGAGCGCCGCUUCACCCGCGCCGCGCUCGGCCGCGGGUACGCGGUCCUCGCGGUCUCCAGCCGCGCCGAAUGCUGGUCCCUCGACGAGGGGAAGGGCAGCGAGCUCGCCGCGGUCGAGUCCAUCAUCAGGUGGUGGACCACGGAGGAGUUCCCCCAGCUCGCGGGCCUCCCGCUCGUCGGCAUCGGCGCGUCCUCCGGCGGGUACUUCCUCUCCGCGCUCGCCGCGAGGGUUAAGUUCAGCAGCGUUGCCGUCAUGAUCAUCGAGGGCGUGUACGGGACCAUGGGCGACAUCCCGGCUGGGUACCCGCCGGCGCUGUUCGUGCACAUGCCCAAGGACGCCGAAAGGGCGGGUCUGGUGGCGGACAAUAUGGGCAAGCUCAAGGCGAAGCGCGUCGACGUGCGGGAGAUCCGGUGCGGCGACUUCGCCGUGAGCGCGGAGUUCCUGGCGGAGAGGGUGCCGGGGCUCACCCGCGCCGUCGCAGACGCGCUGGUGGACGUGCUGCGCCGGAAGGGGUUCGUGGAUGAGGAGGGGUUUCUGAAGAAGGACGGGAGGAGCACGCCGUGGAAGAAGGCGGCGGAGGAGGCCAAGGUCUUGCCGGAGGGGUUCCAUCUGGAGAGGCAUGUCACCGAGGAACUGAAUGUUGCCUAUGCGUACCAUGAGUUCACCAGCCUCAAGAAUACUGAGAUCUUCGAAUGGUUCGAGUCCCAUAUGAAUCAUUAGGACUGAAGCCUGAAGGCUUGCGGACGGUGAACUGCGUCAUUGGGCAACUCAAUGUCAUGGAAUUUUGCUGAUUGUUAGAAAAUGAACGACCUUUAACCAUUACCCACAAUAGCUGGAAAGUGAGCAAAAACUUGUGUAAGACUUCUGCUCACAGCUUAUAGCUUACAAUGUCUGCUUGUAGUUUCUGGUAUGAUUGUAUUUCUCUUUGCCACUGAUGUUCCUUCUUGGUGUAAAUUAUAGAAAGCAAAAAAAAAGAAGCCUUGAUUCUGGAUAUACAAUA